AUGCUAGCAGCAUCACAUAAGAUGCGCAGAUUCAUGGAUGUCUCAUCUCCGGCAAUAUCUAGUCGUGCACAUGAUCCUUCUGAAGACAUCUCGUUUGGCUAUCCGUUCUCGCUGUGUCUAGUCGAUGAGUCCUGGGAGUGGUGCGGCCAGUGCCCUGCGCUGCGAUUCUGUCGUGGCUGUGCUAUCAGACCGGACUCCACCGCGGCUUGUGAAGAUGACGAAUCGGUAGCCGAAACUUGGUCUCGACACUUUGCUCCUUCAUCCCUAGAACAUUGCCUGGAGAAAUUCAGUUGUCCAGAGACUUUGGAUGCAUUGAUACAUUGCGAUACUUGCAAUGAAAAGACGAAAAGGGAUAAACGAUUCGAAUUUCUGCGAUCUGAAGGACGUAUGGGAAAAUGCAAACGGGUAAUCACAUUCCCACUACGUCAGUUUGACCCAGCACCAUUUGUGGAUGGAAAUGGGGAGAAGAGCAAGUACGAGUGUAUAGCGAUUGCUGUGAGUUUCUUUAUUUCGUAA